AUGUUCCGAAUAUCUCAAGUACUACUCGCAACCUCGAAAAGACGACUGUACCCUACCAAAGCGCGGUUUUCGGAAGCGACAAGCUUGCAUUAUGACGGGAAGAGUACGGUAGAGGGGUUCAAUGCGAACGAACCCGCAGUGUUCAGAGAGUCUUUCAAGGACAAUCCUGCUAUUGGAAAAUGGUUUACACCAUCUACAGCAAAUCCAAGCUCCCAUGAAUUGAAUGUUUCCUACCUCGAGCAAUAUGGCGACUCCAUCGUCCCGUUAGAGCUCACGCGCUCCUCGCCCGACAAUCCUCACACCACGACUUUCGAGCGCUUCGAAGCGCCCCUCUCCCUCCUACUCUCGCAUAUGACUGGUCCCAACACGCCAUCUACACGUCUAUACCUCGCCCAACACUCUCUCGUCGACCUCCCGUCCCCUUUGCAAGCCGACCUUUCAACCCCGACGCUCCUCUCCCAUCUCGGUCGCGGCGACAUCUAUGCUUCAAGCCUGUGGAUGGGUAGACCGCCUACCCGCACCCCACUGCACCGCGAUCCAAAUCCAAAUCUCUUUGUGCAAUUAGCGGGACAUAAGGUUGUGCGUUUGACGAGGCCGGAGAUUGGUAGGGCGGUGUAUGAGAGGGUCAGGAUGGAAGUGGGUAAGCAGGGUGGGAAGGCAAACAUGAGAGGUGAGGAGAUGAUGGAGGGCAGUGAGAUGGAGGGAUUAGAGAGGGCGAUUUGGGGUGAUGAGCUAGAUAGAGAGGGCGUGGCGGGUGUGGAGGCGGAGUUGGGGAGCGGGGACGGGAUUUUCAUUCCGUCAAUUGGUGGUUCCGAUGAAGAUCUACGCUCAAAGCAAGUCAAGCUGCUUUGA